GGGGGAUCUAGGGAAAGAGAGAAGACUAGCAAAACACCCACUAGCCAGGACCUCUGGAAAAGACUGUCCCCCAGCAAAAAUUCCAGAUCUGCUCCUCCUGGCUGCAGAUCCCCUUCCUCAAGAAAGUACUAUGUUUCCCAGGGCAGGGUGGAGAGGAAAGGCAGGCAAGGUGAGGCCUGCCCAGGAACCCCUUCCCAGCCAGAGUCCAGGCACACCCACCCGCUCCCCCGUUCAGAGCUACACAGGCCCCCAGCCCCUGCCCUGGAGCAGGUUAAGGCUGGGGUAGGAGCGCUUGACUCAUUCUGCGAGACCUUCGAGUGCGCAGCCUCCAAAGCACCCCUUAGCCUUGGGGACUCCAGGCCAGUGACUGCCCCCCAAGCAGGCCCGUGGCGCCUGCAGCAAGUUCCACUCCUGUAAUUAGGGCUCAUGAGAAGCAUGUGUUUGGGGCUGAGGAGAUGGGGGGACUGGAGCAGCGAGCGGCAACUUUCCCCCUUUAUUCCUCUUCUGUGUUUUUUGAAUUCUGUUUUCGAAUCCACUAAUUACAGCUCCGAAAGCGAAAAUCUGCUCUGCCGCCAAACCCUCUCGGAAUGCCUGAUUCCGGAGGCCCAAGGGGCAGAGCAACUCGGAGACCUGCGGGCCUGAUGGGGGUGUUCUCUGAUUGCUCUAGGCUUGUUUUAUAGAAACAAAGAACAAGUCCCCCCCUUCCCAGAACUUGUGCAUAUUUACAGAGCUCAACUGCAGUUUUAAUAAAACAUCUGUUCUUGCUUCUGCUGAUGAGUUUCCAUAAUUGUUUUCAGACAAAUUUAACAGGGAAAUAUAAAUAUAUUUAGAAAAACCCAAGUCCCAGCUAUCCCCCCAUAGACAGCCGUUCUUUCGCCAAAAAGAUAAAAUUAACAUAAAAUGAGAAAAGGAAAAUAUAAUCCAAUGGAGGGAAGAUCGGGUUCAUCUGACCUGCUCUCCCCCCUUGGAGCGAAUCCUUCCAGCAAAUUUCAGCUGCAUAAUUAAAGACCAGACUGAAAGAAGGAGGCUCCUUUUCUCAGGAUGGAAGGUGAUGGGGGAAGAGUACGUUGGGAAUUAAUUUUGCCGAAAAUCUUUAAGCAGUGGGGGAAUUUAUUUGUAUUUCUGCUUCCUCUUCUCUCCCCCUUCCAGCAUUUCUGCCUCUUUCCCCCAGCAGCUGGUUUCUGUUCAUUAUAAAUCGGCGAGACCUUUCAGUCUCUGCCCUCUGUUUAGGGACGUAAUAAAACACUUAACUUUCCGGGGCUGAGACUUACAUUCUGCUCCUCAGGUCGCCCACCCCCGCGCCCACUACUUUUAGGCCCCAAAGGAGACUAUCCCCAACUUUGGGGGCCCCUUGCCCCUCCAGACUCUGUUUAGGAGGGGCUCAAGGAAACCCAGGCAUCCUUGCUGGGGAGCUGCAGCACAUGCUUCCCCAGAAGCCCCUUCUUUCUCCCAGGGUCCUUCCUUCCCUCACCCCCCACGAAAGAGAUUUUAAAAAUACAUAGAAAAUCAACACUCACUGAAAGUGAAACCUCAUUAAGACAUCCUAUCUUCCAUCAUUCAAUUUGUUGUACAUUGCAACAAUUUAAUAUCUUGAAGGAAAUAUCACUGACAUGAUUUAUCCCUCUAGCAAUCUCUCUGAAAUGGGGGGGGGAUGGAGGGAAUUUACUCUCUCUUCCGGCCUGCUCUACGUGUUACUCCGCUACCCUUGGGGCAGAGAAGAGGCUGGGGACUCAGAGCGGCUACUUGUGUCCAGGGUCCAGGGGUGCGCCGACCUGUUUCUUAGCUCAGCCCCCUGGGUCUCGCCCCCCCUCCCCCCUAGUUCUCUCUCGCUCUACCUCUUGCCCUCCAGGGGGCCUGGAGCCCCAGCCAGCUGUUGAAAGCCUCUGUCCAGGCAUGCCAUGAAUUCGAAGACAGCUGGAUUCUAGAGCAAAAAGCAAGUCACGCUGGUGUCUGUGUUUAUGUACCUGCCAUGUCACCCCCAAACGAGACAACUCAUCUCAAAAUUUCUUUCUUAACUUGGAGCCCUCCUCUACCCUUUCACUUUUAUCUCCUUGAGCAGAAGAAAGUAUGGUCCAAAGAGGGGGAACCUUGAUAAUUACAAGGGUCUUUCCCCCACCCUCUUAAAUACCAACAAUUUCCCCUCCUUUCUGAAGGAUUGGGGCUGCACUUUUAAAAGCCAACACAAAUUGUCCGGCAGGAAGACUCUUCAGUCCCCUAACGAGGCUCAUGUGUUAGCUAACAUGUUGUCUCCACCAGCUCCUACACACUGUCUGCUUUUGGGUUCGAAACUUUAUUUUUCCCCCCUAGCGACACUCCAGGGAAACCUUAACGUUACAGAAGAUGAAUAAACGAGUUUUUUCCCAGCGUAGUCCCGUUUAUGGCUUUAUUGCUACCCAUUGAUUACUCCGCUUUGUUACACAGAAGGAAAAGAUCAUAAAAUCCGGCGACAUCCGGGUUCUUGUUAUAGCCAGCCCCCCCCCCCAAAAUGGUGAAGAGAAAAUAUGAGCUUGCCCUGCUCCCGUCGCUAGCCCCACCGCCCCCUCUUUGUCAACUCAGAGCAUUCUCAGCCUAUGUCACGAUAUCAAAUUAAGUUUGGGUUAAUCAGGAGAAAAACCCCAUCUGCACACCUUCCGCUGCUUCAGUCCGCCCACUGCGGCUCCCUCAGAGCCUCGAACUCAGCUGCCUUUUCCUACCCUUCUCUUCCUUUUUCUCAGCCCCAAGGUGGAGAGAAAAUGGGGGGUAGGGGCUGCUGGGAGGCCCGGCUGCACCAGGUGAGGCUGGCCCUGGAACGAGAGCUCCCCAGGAGCCCCUUGCUGGACUCUCCCCAGCCCCAGGGCUCAGGUCCAGGGGUGCCUCCCUUGGCUGGGGGCUCCUGCCUUGUGCAGGGGCUUGAGCCUGCAGGACGCUAACUGCCCUUCAGAGCCCCACCAGCCUUCCCUGUCUGCCUGGAUCCUAUGUGAAUCACCCCACCAGCCCUCGCUGGCUCCAAAUCAUAAAUUCUCACCAACAUAAACAGGAGUUGAUGUGUCUAGAAAGACUCUCAGAGUUCUUUCUUCUUCCUUCCUUUCUUCCUUUCUCUCUCUCUCUCUCUCUCUCUCUCUCUCUCUCCCACCUUUUACUUCUUUCUCUCCCUUUCCUAUUGUAUUUUUAUACAUGUUCCCUUUUUGGCAGAAAUGCUGCAAGGGUUUCCCCCAAAAAGGGUGUUCUGAGGGGCAGAAGGGGGCUAAGAGGAAGAGGGAGCAAAUACAUGGCCCCUCUGCCCCCUUCAGCUCUGCCACUGUACCCUGAGGUCUCAUCCUUCCCCCUCAGACCUGCUUGCUCCCCACAUCCCCCCUGACACCUCAGACUGUCAGCCACGCUCUCCUUCCUCUGAGCACCACGUUUUGUGCAGUUUCUGUGUACUUUUGAUUUUUUAAAAAAUUAUUGGGGGGGGGGAAUACUGGUCUAGUGAUGAGAACUCACUCCAUGGAGGGUCAAGCUAGGAUUUCCUGUAGGAUUUCUGGGGAUUUCCCCUGAGCUGGGAAGGGGCUCUUCCCAUGGAGAAAUCAGGACAUGAUUUUAGAAGGGGUGGGGGAGAUAGAAAAGAUGAAGUCAGAUUGGAAAUAGAGGGAUUUCUCCAGACCUGGCUCUGGCCACAGCACAGCAAAGUUAGCUGGGACUGAGAGAUUUCCCAGCAGUGCAGCUCUUCUUCCUCGGGCCCCAAGGCCCUGCUGAUGCCUGCGUACCGUCCUUCACCUCCAGAUCAGUUCCCUCACAUAUAUGUUUUUUAAAAAGAAAUCCAAGUCUUACUUUCAAAGCACACACUUAGUCUCAACUAGGGAAUCAACAGAAGCAGAAGCGAUUUUUUUCCCCCUUCUUGACAUCUGGCUUGCGAUUGGCUGGAAGGGGGUCAGCUGACUUUGUCAUUUUGUCUGUCCUGGAUUGGAGCCGUCCCUAUAACCAUCUAGUUCCGAGUACAAACUGGAGACAGAAAUAAAUAUUAAAGAAAUCAUAGCCCGACCAGGUAAAGGCAAAGGGAUGAAUUCCUACUUCACUAACCCUUCCUUAUCCUGCCACCUCGCCGGGGGCCAGGACGUCCUCCCCAACGUCGCCCUCAAUUCCACCGCCUAUGAUCCAGUGAGGCAUUUCUCGACCUAUGGAGCAGCCGUUGCCCAGAACCGGAUCUACUCGACUCCCUUUUAUUCGCCACAGGAGAAUGUCGUGUUCAGUUCCAGCCGGGGGCCGUAUGACUAUGGAUCUAAUUCCUUUUACCAGGAGAAAGACAUGCUCUCAAACUGCAGACAAAACACCUUAGGACAUAACACACAGACCUCAAUGGCUCAGGAUUUUAGUUCUGAGCAGGGCAGGACUGCGCCCCAGGACCAGAAAGCCAGUAUCCAGAUUUACCCCUGGAUGCAGCGAAUGAAUUCGCACAGUGGGGUCGGCUACGGAGCGGACCGGAGGCGCGGCCGCCAGAUCUACUCGCGGUACCAGACCCUGGAGCUGGAGAAGGAGUUCCACUUCAACCGCUACCUAACGCGGCGCCGGCGCAUCGAGAUCGCCAACGCGCUCUGCCUCACCGAGCGCCAGAUCAAAAUCUGGUUCCAGAACCGGCGGAUGAAGUGGAAAAAGGAGUCCAACCUCACGUCCACGCUCUCGGGGGGCGGCGGAGGGGCCGCGGCCGACAGCCUGGGCGGAAAAGAGGAAAAGCGGGAAGAGACAGAAGAGGAGAAGCAGAAGGAGUGACCAGGACUGUCCCCGCCGCCCCCCUCUCCCUCCUGCUCCCCUGCAACCCCCCCUCCAAUUCCCUGCUAAUCACACACUCUGUAUUUAUCACUGGCACAACUGAUGUGUUUGGGGUCCCUAACACAAAAUUAGGGACCCAGAUAUGGACCUGAAAGUCAACUCUGGACCCCCUCCCUCACCGCACAAACUCUUUGACCACGCGCCUCCUCCUCCUCCUCCUCCUCCUCCUCCUCCUCCUCGCUCCCUCGCUAGCUCGUUCUCGGCUCGUCUGCAGGCCCCUUCCCCCCCGCCCAGGCCUUGGGGGCUCGUCCCUGAACCUCGCUUCACGCUCCACAGAUGGCCCUCCAAACGAGGACUCGGCCCCCCACCCCCUCGGCGCCCCCACCCCCGCCCCUGCGCGGAGAGCAGCUCCCCGGCCAAGGCCUCCGCUCCCGGGCCUCAGGGCCUGGCCUGGCAGCCGCGAGGCCGGGAGGCCCAAGGAGGGCGCGUCGUGGCCCCGCAGCAACCCCCAGGGCCUCCCCGCAGCCCCUGCCCGGCCCCUCUGCCCCAGCAAGUGCCCGGCCCAGGCAAAUUGUAUUUAAAGAAUCCUGGGGGGGUCAUUAUGGCAUAUUACAAACUGUGACCGUUUCUGUGUGAAUAUUUUUAGCUGUAUUUGUGGUCUCUGUAUUUAUAUUUAUGUUUAGCACCGUUCCGUGUUCCAAGCCCAUCCUAAAGGGGGGAAAACAAAACAAAACAAAACAAAAAACAAAACAAAAAAAAAGAGGGAAAAAUCACAAAAAGGGAGGGAAAAAAAAGUGAAUGACGUUUGUUUAGCCGGUAGGAGAAAAAAGAAAUAAAUUCAAAAAAAAAAAUCCCCUCGUGUUACCCUCCUGUAUAAAUCCGACCUCUGGAUCCGUUCUCGAAUAUUUAAUAAAACUGAUAUUAUUUUUAAAAGUGGA